AUGUGUUGGAGCCUUGAAGUAUCAUUAGCAUUUGCCGGUGCACAUUUUCUUUCGGCAGUUUAUGUUGCAUGGCAUCGUCCACCUCAUAUGCGUUAUUUUCUAAACUUCAUUUUGUUUUAUUUGGCCAUGGAGUUAUUACAAGCACUUGAAUGGUACACAGGAGUUGAGCCGCAUUUGAAUCAAUCUUGUACGAAGACGAAUACUGUUUUAACUGUGAUUGCGUAUUUACUCAUUUGGUUGCAACCGGUUCUAUUUGCGUCGUUUGCAACUAAACACGAUAGUCGAUUUGUGUGGUAUUACUCUUUGUAUACUCUUGCAGUGGCUUCGUUCAAUCUUCUUCUUGGUUUUUGUGAGAAGGCCGGUGGACUGGAAUUGAUGUCUCAAAGCGAAAAGACGAAUUACGGUCAGCAAACGUGCACUUAUCGUGGCGAAGGCAAUCACUUAGUAUGGAAAUUUGCAGUACCGUCGUUUAAUUAUCAACCGACGCACUAUGUUUAUUUUUCGAUCAUUUUAUUAACAUUCAUUUUUCAUUAUGAUCGAAUUCUUCAAUUAACUAUUGGAAUCGGAUGGUUAACAACGUUUUUCGUCAGUCUGUUCUCCACUGGCACUGUCAACGCUGAAUUAACUUCAUACUGGUGUUUAUUAAGCAUUUUUGCUGAUAUUCCCAUUUUGAUCUAUACAACAUUACAUGCCAGAAAAAAAACUAAGGAAAUGUAG